AUGACGAAGCGCACGAAGAAGGUCGGCGUGACCGGUAAAUAUGGCACACGAUAUGGUGCUUCCCUCCGAAAGCAAGUCAAGAAGAUGGAAAUCACUCAGCACGCACGAUACGUCUGCACCUUCUGCGGCAAGAACACUGUCAAGAGACACUCGGUCGGAAUCUGGACCUGCAAAGGUUGCAAGAAGACAAUUGCCGGAGGAGCAUACACGGUUUCCACCCCAGCUGCUGCUGCCACGAGAUCGACCAUUCGAAGACUGAGGGAAAUUGCGGAGGUGUAA